AUGGCUGCCGUCCAGCUCACGAAAAAGGCCGUCACCGUCCCGUGCACGGUGCGCACGCUCGCCUCGGGCGUGCCCCUCGCGCCCCUCGUCUCCUUCACCGCCCGCCAGCCCGCCGGCCACGGCCACGAGGACCACGCGCACGGCGAGGUUGGCCCCCGCCACGACGUCCCCGCCCGCUGGGCGGGCGGCGUCUCGCGCACGUCCGCCGGCCUCGUCUCCAAAUCGUUCCCCUCUGCCCGCGCGACGGGGAUCUACCCCAAGGCGCUGCUGCACACCUCCGCCGUCGCGCGCGACGCGCCGCAGGUGCCCGACUUCUCUAAGUACGAGGCCAAGGACCCGGGCGCGAACCGCGGGCUCGCGUACCUCAUGGUCGGCUCGCUCGGGCUGCUCUCCGCGACCGCGGCGAAGGCGACGGUGACCGAGUUCCUGUCGACGAUGGCCGCCUCCGCGGACGUGCUCGCGAUGGCCAAGGUCGAGGUCGAGCUCGGCGCGGUGCCCGAGGGCAAGAACGUGGUCAUCAAGUGGCGCGGGAAGCCCGUGUUCGUCCGGCACCGCACCGCGGACGAGGUCGCGGAGGCGCGCGGCGCGGACUGGAAGGCGAUGCGCGACCCGGAGAGCGACGAGGCGCGGACGAAGCAGCCCGAGUGGCUCGUCAUGCUCGGCGUGUGCACCCACCUCGGCUGCGUGCCCAUCGGCGAGGCGGGCGACUACGGGGGCUGGUUCUGCCCGUGCCACGGCUCCCACUACGACAUCUCUGGGCGCAUUCGCAAGGGACCCGCUCCUCUCAACCUCGAGAUUCCUCAGUACGAGAUCAACGACGCGGAGGGAAAGCUGGUCAUUGGUUGA